AUGGGCUCUGCAAAAGGAGGAGAGACCUGGGAUCCUACGGUCUGUGUCCUUCAGGGUCUCCAGGCUGCCCCUCCUGGCCACUAUGAUUAUGCUGAGGCUAGGCCUCCCAGGCUCUUCUUCAAGCUUCUGGAGGACUGUGGUGGGAGGUGGUGGGAGGAAGACAAGGGGAGUUGUGAGGUGGUGCAGGGCUUUGGUACGGUGGAUGUGAGGACUCAUGGCUUCUCUGCAGGUGAGGACUCCAUCAGCACACUGGGCAUGAUCCUUGGAGUGGGAUUGUCACUGCUGCUUGUGUCCAUCCUCGGCUACAGCCUAGCCAAGUGGUACCAGCGCGGGUACUGCUGGGACGGGCCUAAUUUUGUCUUCAACUUAUACCAGAUCCGGAACCUGAAGGACUUAGAAGUGGGGCCACCCUUCACCAUCAGUGGCCACAUGAGCAGUCCAGAUGGCGGCUACAUGAAGUUCUCCAAUGAAAGAGUCUGAUGGAGAUGCAUCUAGCCUCUGGAGGUCAGAAGAGGCCCAGGCUAACGUCUCCCAAGCACCUGCUUUGCUCAGUCUUCCAUGACCAUCAUAAUCAUCUCGAUGCUUCCUGAACUGCUUCCACCUGCGUUCAAACGCUUCUUUGACAUGAAUGGAAAAGUUCUACUCAUUCAUGCAUUCACCAAAGGUUUGUUGAGUGCUCAUUACUAUGCACUACCAUUGACUGGGUGUAGAGGGCACAGACUUCAAUCAAGAGGAGUUCCUGCUGUCAAUGAGCUGGAAGGAGUGUUGACUAAAGGACCUUCCAUGGAAGCAGUAUACCCAGAGAACUAAUGACAUGGUCAGCUUCAAAACUAUCUCCAUCUGACAGAUCAGAAGACUGAGGUCCAGACAGACUCAUUUACAAAGAACAGAUCAUGCCUAGAACCCAGAGAAGCAGCCUUUCAAGUCCCUGGGCAUGCCCCUGGGGCCUCUCCAUCUCCCAAUAGCCUUGCUGUGCUAGUUGAUUAGUCUGAGUGGACCUUGCUGUGGUAGUUGGUUAGCCUGAAUGAACAGAUACCAUGCGCUCACCCUGCCUCCCCACGCUCCACCCCAUACCAGGGUAUACAGCACUGGCUCUAUUACCUAUGCUGACUCUUUGCUAGCUUUGAAUCCUGGGUUCAGAUCUUCUAUGGCCUGUCAUGGACUCCAUGCCUGAGCCUUCCACUUUACUUCUUUCCAGUGAGUCCAGCAGGAGUGUACUUAGCACCUACAAUGUAUUUCACACCCUUGCAGGUGCAGAGGGCACCCAGAGCGAUACUUCACACUUCCCAUUUCAUUUUCACAGGACGGCCACCUAGUGACAAGACACGCAGGGUCUGAGUUGGCCAGGGGUGGGGGGCUUUGCCGAGGACACGUGGGUGGCCUUGAAACAGCAAAGUGGGAGAAGAGCUUUUGGGGAUGGGGAGCAGUGAGGAUGUGAAAGGGAUGAAAAUGAGAAGGGGCCAGAGCCAGGACGGAGGUUUUGGGAGAACCUUCUGAGUAGAAACUUUGAGUGCUGUCUUCUGAGUUGUCGGCAGAAUUCAAAGCUCGAAUUUGCAUUUCAGCCCUUCGGCUCAGUCAACAGUAGGGACGAUUUUUCAGUGGCGAGGGACGCUGGGGGCAUAUGAGAAACGGUAGAGACAGUGGAAAUUUUGGAGAAAGUGCUGGCUCCUACUCGGAGACACGGAGGGGUGAGCCACUUCACCCCUCUCCAGGCACCGGAGAAACGAAUGUGGAUUGGCAGUUGAGGAAGCAGGAGUUGUUGGGGCCCUCCAUGAGUGCAUUUGGGGGCGGGGUUGAGCCAGGGGCUAAACUUCUUUAGCUGGUGUGUUGAGGAGUGGCCAUUUCCGGCAGAGGCUGCAGGGCUGCAGGAUGCUGCUCACGCGUGCAUCACGCAUGUUAUGUAUAGAGUGUAGCAGUCUGUAAAUGGGACUGCUCUUCUAAAGAGCUGAUUAUGAAGGGAAGGAAGGCAGGGGUACUGUGUCUACUCUUCCCUGCUCAUGCCCGCUCCAGAGUCCGUGACUCUGCAGGUGGAGUAAUUCACUAAAGGGAACACUUGGCUGUUACAUCACCCCCUAGUUUGGGGCUAUGGCUGUCUGAAGAUCCCUGAGGCUCCUGGCUGGGGUCUGCAGUGCACAUGCCAAGCUCAGGCAUGGUUCUGGACACUCUAGGCCAAUAGGAUGGCUGCCUGCUCCUCCUAGAGAUAACGAGUCUGGUGAAUAUUCCGAGUAUGAAAUACCACCAUUGAGCCAAAGCUCAGCUUCUCCCGGGUCCCCAGCACCUCCCCCCCGCCACACCAUGUUUUCCCUUCCAUACCCACGUUAUGCACUGCUCUCCAUCAGGUUCAAGUGGCAGUCAACGCUUGGCCCUUUCUUUGUCCCCAGCCUGCUGUCCUGUCUGGCUUUCCUUGAAGUGUCCUUUGGAUUUGUUCAUUCUUCUCUAGUCCCAUUGCCCUUGCUCAAUGUAUGGGUAUAAAGCAUCUCUAUGGACUGAAGGUUGGUGUCCCACCCCCCAGCCCUCAGUGGUGUGUGUAGUCCUAACCCCUUAAUAUGAUGGUGGGGCUUUUGGAGGCUAUUGGAUGAGGUCAUGGAAUGGAGCCUCAUGAUGGGAUUCAUACAAGGAAGAGACCAGAGAUAACUUUCCAUUAUGGGCGGUGUAGCUCCAAGUUACCUAUAGACAAGGAGCACUGCCCCCCUCCCCGUGGGAGCUGGAUGAGCUAGAACUGUGAUCCUUGACUUCCCAGGCACCCACAAGCUUCUGGUUAAAGCCCCGCCCCCCUCUGUGUGCUCCUACAGCCAGAGGGAAGGCAGCUUCUUACACUGCUUAUCUACUUCCUGCCUCAUUCCAGGUGCAGGAUACUAGUUUCUUUCAUGGCACUUAUCACAGCUCGCGACACUUGUUAAUACUCAGUUGCUUGAUCUUUAUAACCGGACAGUCUGCUCCAUGAAGCCAAGGCUGAAUACCACAUCUGGCAUGUGGUAGGUAACCGCUGAAGAAAUGAAAUGCUGGGCUGGCCAGGUGGGUCAGUGGGUAAAGGCCCUUGCGGCCAGGCCUGAUCAUUUGAGUUCCAUCCCUGGAAUCCAUAUGG